AUGGAGGCGCCGCAGCAGUCCUUGCAGGGGCCGCUCCUCCGCCACAAAGGGUCCCCAUCGGGCCGGGGGCUAGCCGCGGACGGACCGUCCCUACCGGCGCCGGGCACGAAGGACCAGUCAGGCCGGCGCCCGAGAGGCAGGGGCAGGGCCCGACCCCUUAAAGGCCGAGACGAACCCCCGCGCUGCCGGAGCCCAGGGCCGCCGAGCAGGCUGGCCCCGCACGGGCGGCGGGGGAUGGAGGCCACCUACCUGUCCCUCCGCCGCCGCUGGCUCCGGGUGGCCGCCCGCCGGCCACGUGGACGCGCCCUCGAGCCCCACACCGCUCCGCUCGCGCGCCCCCGCCGCCGCACCACUCGCCCUACACCCCGCGCGCCCGCGCCGCCGCCGCCGCCGCCGCCGCCGCCCACACAGUGGGCCGGCCAGCGGCCGCCAGGGCCUUUUAAACCCGGACCGUACCACCGCGCCGGGCGGGGGCGCCCAGGGAGGGCCGAGCGGCAGGGCUCGCGGGCGGGGGCCGCCCCUCCCUGGGGCCGGGAGAGGCCCACGAGCCGACCCCCCUCGCGCAAUGGCCGCGUCCGCGGCGCGCGCCUCUCCCCCGCCAUCCCCCGCCCCGGCCCGCCGCCUCCCGCAACCCUGGGACCCGCGCGCGCCCGCGCCACACCCCCACUAGGGCCCGGGGCGCGCGCAGACCCCGCCCCGGCUCUCGGAGGCGCGCCCGGGGCCACCUGCCGCCGCCGGUGCCCCUCUGCCCAGCCCCAGGUGGCUGCCCACCUGCUUGCUGUCACCAUGAAGACGACCUCUCCCCUACACGCCACACUCACACGAGUUCAAGGUCCCGAGGAGAGGGCCCCCAGCACGACAGUGCCCCUCCUGGCAGGAGUGCUGGCCUGCGCUGGCCUCCAGGCAGAAGUGCCCAGGCCUAGUCUACCCUCCUCCCUCCUCCAAGUGACCCUGGAUGGCCCCGCCCCAGACACAGGGUAA